AUGUCGAAAAGGCCGGAAAGGAAUGUGGUGAAGGGGACCGUGAGGAGGAUAAGUACGAUCGCUCCCGUCGACAGCGACGAGGGCGAGGUGUUGAAGUGGAGCGUGGGGAGGCAGAUAGGCAUUGCCCUGUCGCCCGCUGGCUGCAUUUUCGCAGGGGACGGGGUACCUGACGACUGA